AUGAAGUCGUUCCUUACCCUUGCCUCGUCCCUCGUAGGGGCACAAGCUACCAUCUACUAUGCGGGUGUAGCUGAGUCUGGCGGUGAAUUUGGAGUGUACGGGACAAAGGGUCAGGGCCUUCCUGGAACUUUUGGUGUAGACUAUGCGUUUAUCAACGAGGCAGCAAUCGAUACUUACGUGGACCAGAACAAGGUCAACCUGUUCCGGGUCGCCUUUCUGCUGGAACGGAUGGCCCCUCUAGAGUACGGUCUGGGCUCCAAGUUCAACGAAACGCAUUUCGGGUACUACAAGCAAGCUAUUGAUUAUAUCACACUUACCAAGAACUCCUACGCCAUCCUCGACCCGCACAACUACAUGAGAUACAAUGAUCCCAGUGCCCAGCCAUUCUCCGGAAGUGUCAUUGGCAACACGACCGACCCGGAUGCUGCCACGACGGAGGACUUCGCCGCCUUCUGGGGCGAGUUGGCCUCACGCUUCGCCAACAAUUCUCGCGUCAUCUUUGGCCUGAUGAACGAGCCACACGACAUGCCGACCACUCUAGUCCUGAAGAACGACCAGGUCGCCGUAGAUGCCAUCCGUCAAGCCGGCGCCAAGAAUCUGAUCCUCGUGCCAGGCAACGCGUGGACUGGUGGUCACUCGUGGACCGAGAACUACGGCGGCGACAAUCUGCCCAGCUCGGACUACAUCUAUCAGAUCAACGACACGGCGAACAACUGGGCUGUGGACAUCCACGAGUAUCUCGACGUUGAUUACAGUGGUAGCCACAUCGAGUGCACGCAGCCCUUCGACACCAACCUCGCGCCCCUGACGGCUUGGCUGAAGCAGUACGGCCUCAAGGCGAUGGUCACGGAGUUCGGAGGCUCGAACACCACCGCCUGCGCGGACAUGCUCAGCGAUGCCCUGACAUACAUGGAGGAGAAUGAGGAGUACAUCGGAUGGACGGCAUGGGCAGCUGGUCCCUUCUGGGGCUCAAACGCACCAUGCUGCUCAAACUCCACGCAGAUUGGCAGCCUCGAGCCUGGCAGUACGGCUUCCGAUGGUACUCCGGGCUUGUACGAGACGGUUUGGGAGGCUGUCAUUGAGCCUCUGUUGCCGACGACUCUCCAAACCUCUGGGCCGGCAAGUGUCAAUGGCACGGCGGUCAGUGCGAAGAGGUCCGGCUUAUGGUACAGGAGGAACUGA